AUGAAGAAAUCAAUGAGUAUGAUCAAUAACAUGCUAUUGACUACUACAAGGAAUCAAUUAGAUUAUAUUAUUAUAAUAUAGUUCUUCAUUAACAUGUACAUUUAUUGUCUCUUAUAAUAAUACUAGGUUGAAUAAGUCACUUAAGAGAGAAAUGAAAUUAAGCAAAAAUUAUUGAAAUUUUAGGCUUUGGAUGAUUAAGAAAGUGAAUUAUCAAUGGAAGAUAAAAGAAAAAGAAAUAGAAGAUCUGCUAUUGAGAUUCCAAGAAGUCAUGUUUGUUAAAUUAAAAAUUGCAAUAAAUCUUAUGGUUCUGAAGGAUCAUUAAUGUAACAUAUGAAAAUUAAACAUGGGAUUACAUAACAUUUAGAUAAAAUUGGGUAGAUUUCAGAUCAAUUUAAAACCAAUGAAUGA